AGCCUCUCUCUCUCUCUCUCUCUCUCUCUCUCUCUCUCUCAGGGUAAAUUUGGAGAGAAUACAGGAAGAAAAUCAGAAGAUUUCUGGAGUCUUUGAUUCGAUCUAGAAAUGGGUUUUCGUCCUUCUGCUGAGAUCAUCAAUGGGUGGUCUGAGAUCUUGGUUUUAAGCUCCCGAUCCAUUCAAUCAAAGAGAAGUUGAAAACGAGCCGUGCGAUCAAAGCACAUCUUUUUGCCAUUUAGAUAGAAAUCAAAAACCCAAAUUGCAGAAUGCUGAGGCAGAAUCGUGAUCUCGAAAGUUUGAUCGGCUGCAAGAUCCGAAAACGCGGCUGCUCAUCUUCGUCGUCCACAUCAUCAGUGCUGCAGAAUUACCGUUUCAAACGGGCUGUUUUGGUCAGGAAGAGAGGAGGAUCGAGCACUCCGUGGAAGAUGGGCUCCAGAUCACCAUCUUCGAUGGUGGGCAUCCCCAAAACUCCGAGAUGCCCUCCAUCGCACACCAGCAGUAGAGCAAAGCAAGCUCCGGUUUCUGCCCGGAAGCUUGCUGCCACCUUGUGGGGAUUGAAUGAGGUCCCAUCGCCGCGAGUGAAGGAGGAUUUACAGGAGAGAAGAGAUUUUGAGAAUGAGAUGAGACGGAGAGACCACAUUGCAAGGUCUACUCGAUCAGGUUCUCUCCCUCCACAUUUGUCCGAUCCGUCGCAUAGCCCCAGCUCAGAGAGGGUGGACCGUUCAGGAACCGGUAGUGUUAGGAGAAGAAUGUCAAUAAUCUCUCAGAAAAUUAGGCUGAAUGAGCGGAUUGGUGGAGGUCUCGAUUCUCCAAGCAAUGCUAGUUUAAUGGAGAUUGAAACACGUUCGCGUGGUCCUACUCCUGCAGGCUCCAUUGUCGGACCCAAGAACCGUUUAAAGGAUGUUAGUAACAGUUUGACAACAUCCAAAGAGCUCUUGAAAAUACUUGAUCGCAUCUGGAGUGUUGAAGAGCAGCAUUCAUCAAGCAUGUCCCUUGUUUCGGCCCUUCACGCUGAGCUCCAGCGGGCCCACAUGCAGGUCGAUCAGCUAAUCCAAGAACAAAGGUCCAACCGGGGUGAAUUCAAUCACUUGAUGAAACAGUUUGCAGAAGAGAAGACUGCAUGGCAAACCAAGGAGAAAGAAAAAAUCAAUGGCGCCAUUCGAUCCAUAGUUGGAGACUUGGAAAUCGAGAAGAAGCUGAGGAGACGAGCUGAGUGUUUGAAUUUGAAGCUUGGGAGAGAGUUAGCUGAAACAAAGAACACUCUGUCGAAUGCCAUCAAAGAACUCGAGAGCGAGAAAAGAGCAAGAGAGAGAGUCGAACGAGUUUGUGAUGGAUUAGCGAAGGGAAUUGGAGAGGACAAGGCAGUAGUAGAAACACUGAAGAGAGAGUCUUUGAAGAUUCGAGAAGAGAUGGAGAAGGAGAGGGAAAUGCUUCAGCUCACGGACAUACGAAGAGAGGAAAGAGCACCAAUGAAGCUCUCAGAAGCUAAGUUUCAGUAUGAAGAGAAAAACCCAGCUGUUGAUAAGCAAAGGAAUGAGCUCGAAGCAUUCUUGAAGCUGCAAAGGACGAAGGAAACGAGAAGCGGGUAUAGAAAUCAUGAGGGUUUGGAGGUUGGGGAUGAAUGGAAGGUAAGCCGUCUGAGCAAAACACGUUUGGGUGCCGAUUGCAUUACAGAAGGAGAGGGAGACGGAAUAGUAGAAGAUGGAGAAGAGGUAGAAGAUUCGCCAAAUGAAAGUGAUCUGCAUUCGAUUGAAUUGAAUAUGGAUAACAACAGGAAAAGCUGCAAAUGGAGGUAUGCUACUGGCGCAUCAAGAGAAGAUGGAAAGAGAGCUUCUGUUGAUGAGGAAAUAAGGAGGAAAUCAAUAUCUGAGAAAGUUCCAACGAGAAGCAGCAUCUCUAACGAUAGAAGCUUGGUGGAAGGAAUUGAGUGGGCCUUCGGUAUCGAAAAUCGCUCACGUCGGAGUGGUGGGACCAAUCGACAAAGAUUGUCUGAGAGCAGUGGUCUUCUUCAGAGGCAGAUUCCGAAGAAAGAUUACAGUGAUGAAGUGGGGAGACAUGAGUCUAUGAAGGGUCUCAGAGACCACAUACUCUCCAGUUCGAGGAUUGGAUUUGCCCAAGGUUUUGCUAGUCCAACGAGGCAGUGGGACCAACGGUGGCCGACUCAAGAUGAUGUGGUUGCAGCACGUGAACGAUCGGUCGGAGAGUCGGUGAAAGGGAGCCGAGAGAAUGGUUUGGAGGCAAGAUUAGCAGAAGCCAAACGACAACCCAAAGCUCGAGAAGUAAGAAAUUGCAGAUAAGUCUCAUAAGAGUAUGGAUUGUUCAGCCAUGUUCAUUUGCCUUCGUUUUAUUUCAGUCUGAUUCCUUCAGUGGCCUAGAUUUCUAUUGAAUCAAUGUUCAAAAGACUCACUGACUCUAGAGUUUUGCAAGAAGGAUGCGAAUCA